UCCUAUUAGAGCGAGUCUGACCGUAGAACGGUGAGGAUCAAGAGUCGGUCUAUCGGUUGCCAAGGAGUUAUCGUCAAGAGUUCGAGAGGAAAACCUGACAGAAAAGUCGCGCGAAUUAACGACAUUCACGUUGUCAAAGAUUCCUCUGCUCCUCCGGAAGACAUUGGACAAGAAAACCGAGAAGAAUCAGCGCUCGUAAUAUCGCAAUUGUUACGACAAAGUGCGCGAAAUAUUUCGAGCUCGCUCGACUACGCAUACAAGUGGAAACACGAUCCCGAAAUGCUAGCAGCCUCAAUCUGUUUCGAAGUCUACUACACGUUGUUACCCAGCACAACCAUGACUUCGCGAGUACCACGUUGCCUAUUUGGUAAGCCGAAUUCGCAGGAGACGAUCGAGAUGCUGCAGGAUGCGCUGGACGCGGAAAGGAGCAGAUUCGCCAAGAGGUGGGGAGUGAAUCCCUGUUCCGAAGAUAAGGAGAAUAAUUAUCGGAGACGGAACAACGAGAAGAGUCAGCCGUCGCCCAGCAAAAAGCGAAGUAAUCCGUAUUCAAGGCAGACCAGCAUUCACGAUUAUUGGCGAGCUCGAAAAAUAUGCGACGUGACCAAGAAGCCUCUGGCGGUCUCGAUGGACGUGUCGAAACAACAAAAUGUGGAAUCGUCGAAAACAACGAAGACGACGACCACGACAACGGCAACGACGACAACGACGACAACGACGAAGACCGCGUAGAAUAUGACGUCGGAUUGUGAUGAUCAUAUUUCCUUAGAUCCCAUGCACACGUGCCAUUUUCACGCGGCGCGGUUAUUUUGCUGCGGUGGCGAAAAAAACCGCCAUGUUAACUUGAACGUGCUCUCGAGUGGCGAAGAACAAUUCGUAAACAGUUAGCUUAAAAUUGUUCACAUUAAUACAUUCCAUUUAAGCUGUUAAAAAAUUAUUAAAUGUAUUAUUCUCAAAAUUUAAAAAAAAUUAUAUUGCGCAAAAUGAUCAUCGAUUAAUCAAAUGUAAACGUAAAUUUGUGUGCAUGGAAUUCUAACGACCGUUUAUGUUAAACCAGACUUUAUCUGCGCUAUCAAAAUUUAUAUAUUUAUUCUUUCAUUUUUGAACAUCAUUAUUAUUGAUCUAUUAUUGAAAUAAUUAUUCUUAGAAUUAAUGGCAACUGAAGUAUUAAUUAACUUUUGUAAAUAAUUCGCCAAAUAUUAUAAUUUGUGGAGGUUUGGAUGAACUGAAUACCGUAAGAAACGUCAUUUCUGACUACAAUGUCCAAUUCUUGCGAUUGGUGAAUCAUUGUUUCGACGGGCGAUAGUUCAUACUUGCGAUUUAUCGAUGUGAUUUUUAACGAGUUCUGUUCGGCGGCGAUAGGCUAUCGAAAGCCUGAAACGGUUGGUUCCUCGAUGGAGCAACGAUGCAGCGCCUCCAAAGACUAACUGAUUACAAAUGUCAAUUCGCAGCUCCGCACUCUCCUCACAUGAGAGAUAGGAGAAAGUCCUAUGUAUAUGUUGAUUUAGGAUUAGAAAAUUCUUCUAGUCAUCUAGUUAUUUAAGCGUGUAAUAAACUA